AUGAAGGAAUUUGGUACAGUACAUCUAAAUGAAGAGUUUUUAGAAGAAGAUAUAAAUCAGGAGGGAAAUGAUGAUGAUGAAGAUAAUAAAGAUAAUGAUGAUAGUUGUGACAAUGUUAAAGAUAGAGAGAACAAUGAAGAAGAAAACAAUGGAGUUGAAGAUUGUGAGAAAGAUGAAAAUGGUAAUAAUGAUCAAGGUUUGGAUGACAUAAAUUUGCAUGAUAAAGGUGUUAAAAAUGAAAAAGGUGGUUAUAAUGACGAAGAACAAAAUGUUGAAGGAGAAGGUGUGGAUGGGAAAAAUCUAGAAAAAAUGAAUGCUGAAAAAGGAAAAGGAAUUACUGGUGAAGAACAAAGCAGUGUUAGAGAAGGUGUAGAGGGGAAAAAUAUGGAGGGGAAGAUUGAUGAAAACAAAGAAGGAAAAACAAUAUUAAAUGUUGCUCAAAGUAUUUUUGGAAACACAUGA